GAAGACCCUGCGACCGGUGACAUCAUGAAAACAUGUUCCUUCCGUCCGACGCUGUGUGGAGCUACUUCGGCCGAACGUGAACUGCUAGCUAACCAGGAGACAAAAGCAACAAAGUGAACCCCCUCUGGAUCAAUCAAAUGUGUCAUUUUUUAACUAUUUAGGAGCCGAAACCCGGUGAUUACACGGUCGUACUUCACAAUUAUGUGUGGAGAGGUGGAAAUCCUUAAGGCCUAAAUGGAGAGGGGCAAGCAGGCUUACUGUGUCCCUGACAACCACACACUUUCUACAACCCCUGCUUGAGCUGCAGUAUCGAUGACUACUCCUGAAAAAAUUGAUUACAGUUGAUGACACAGACCUGACAACUCUAAAGAAACCCUUGGGCUGCUGCCAUGGAUGGGGAGGAAGAGGUCUCUCACAUCAUUGAGGAUAUGGAUAGUGAGCCUAAUGGCUUCACUGAAAAUAAAAGAAGAGAGGCAAAAGGGACCUGCCUGAAAAUUGAGGGCCAGGAUGGUUACGUGUUCAAAUCCUACACCAUUAACCCUCACGAGGCUGCAGACGAAAAGUCAACCGCUUGCUCCUCGUUAACACUGGAUACAGACUCUCCCCCUUCUUUCAAUUUAUCUUCUCAGGAUGAAAAACAGCUGGAGUCAGACCAAGCAAGUGAAACUGAUCCAGCUUCUCCAGCUCUUUCAAAUAAUUGCCUAAACACUGAUACUGAGGGAAAUACAGAGAGUGAAAAGUAUGAAAAUGGCAAUGAAGAAAGUCAACAUAUCAAAGAGGAGAUCGGGGAAACAAAUGGAUUGAAGGAGGAAACCCAGGAUGAUGAAACCCAGGAUGAUGAAACCCAGGAUGAUGAAAGGCUAGCAUUUGGUAGCUCAGUUGGUCCCUUUGUAACUAAAGAUGGUGAUGAUUACAGUAAUUUACUAAGUGGAUACACAAGCACCCUUUAUGAUGUUGCCAUGGAUGCUGUCACCCAGAGCCUUUUGUCAUCUAUGAGGAGUAAUACCAACCCGAGGAAAAAAUCUCCUGCAUGGAAUCAUUUCUGUAUAUCACCAAGGGACAGUACCAAAGCAAUCUGUUUAUACUGCAUGAAAGAAUUCAGUAGGGGAAAAAAUGAGAAAGACCUCAGUACAAGUUGUUUAAUGAGGCAUGUACGAAGGGCUCACCCCACUGUGCUUUUACAAGAUGGAGAUGCAUCCUCAAAUCUGAAUAGCUCUCUUUCCUCAUGUUUGAUACCUCCCACCCCAAACUCACCAAAAAAUGGAGACUUGACUAAUAGCGUCGUCUCUUCUGCCUCAAAGAACACUUCACCGUCCACUUCCUCAGCUGAAAAUUCAGAUCUUUCUUCCAAAGUAGUGUUACCAAAAGUCGAACCAAAACUAGAACCAUAUACCAACACUGACAGUCUUUUCAGCUCAUUCUCAGCCUCACAUUCCAAUGAAAGCAUCCUUGAAGACAUGGCAGAAGGAGGGCCAGAGCGUCUUCCUGGGACCCCUAAAAGCUCAAGUUCCCGUCGGAGAUCAGCUGUCUGGAAACACUUCUACCUGUCACCUGCUGAUAAUUCCAAAGCAGUUUGCAUCCAUUGCAUGAAUGAAUUCAGUAGGGGUAAAAAUGGAAAGGAUCUAGGGACUAGCUGUCUUAUUCGUCAUAUGUGGAGGGCCCACAAAGAGGUUGUCAUUGAGGAAAAUGGACAGGGCAAUCACAUCCCCCCACCGUAUACAAACCCACCCUCACUAUUGUCCCGCACACAACUACAAGAUCCACUGGAUUUAAAAAAAGAAUCACCUCUUCUGCCAGCCUCACCAGAAACCUUAUCAGAUGAAUUACCCCAAAACAUAGAGGAAAGCAUGAAUAUAAAAGAAGAAUGUGAUGAGGCUAUGCAUCUCUCAGGACAGGAGUCGUCUGUCAGUCUCUCCUUCAGUACUCAAGGUGAGGAUACACCCUUAACUUCUUUACCAUGUGACCUCCCUGAAGGUCAAAGCCUCAAUCAGGAUCAUUCAGUUUUCCAGCAAAACAAGAAGAUCAUGAAACGGGUGAAAUCUGAAGUGUGGCAUCAUUUCAUAGUGUCACCAGUUGACCAGUUAAAAGCACUGUGCCGUUACUGUCCAUGUGUCAUCAGUCGGGGUAAACGGGGCGACUUUGGUACAAGCUGUCUCAUGAGGCAUCUUAUGAGACGCCACCCAGACGUCCUCAAAAACCAAAAAAGCACAGAUGAGAAGAAAUCCUCCCCUCAUCCUUACACCAAUCUCACAGCAACAGAUGCAGUUUCAACCAAAGAAACUGAGAGCCCUGCCAGUGAGAAAAAGUCACAAACCAUGCCUGUUUUCAGCAAAAAGACAUCAAAACUGUGGAACCAUUUUUCCAUUUCCCCUGCUGACCCCACAAAGGUGGUUUGUUUGCACUGUAGCCGCACAAUUAGCAGAGGCAAAAAGACUACGAACCUCGGCACAAGCUGCCUCUUCAGGCACAUGCAGAGGUUUCAUGGACAUGUUCUUGAAAGUAACAAAACUAUCUCAGGUGAUGUGCCGUCUGCUGAAAUUCACGUUAAACAAGAGCUCAUGGACACUAAUGUUUAUGAGACGGAACAGAACCAUGAGAGGUUUGAUGAACACCACCCGGUUGCCAAAAAAAUCACCAAACUUAUUGCAGAAAUGCUCGCACUGGAUCUUCAGCCAUCAGCUAUGGUAGAGAAUGCUGGACUGAACAGACUACUAGAGCACCUCCAGCCUCAGUAUUCUCUACCACCUUCUUCUUACUUUACCAGCACUGCCAUACCAGAUAUGUACGAAAGGGUGAAGGACGUUGUGCUGACCCACCUGAAAGAGGCCGAAGGUGGCGUCGUACACUUCACUACUAGUAUUUGGGUUAGCAGCCAAACAAGAGAAUACCUGACCCUUACUGCCCACUGGGCAACAUACGAGUCCAGUGUCAGACCACAGGGUCAGGACUUUCACUGCUCCGCUCUCCUCAGUGUCUCACAAAUAGACUGUGAUCAAGAUAUGCAUGACAUCCCAAAGCAGCUUGAGUAUCUAUGGGAUACUUGGAUCGCCUCAUCAGGGCUGAAAAAGGGGUUCACUGUAACUGAUAACAACACCAUCAGAAACACCUUAGAGGACCAUGGCCAUGUCACCAUGCAGUGUUUUGGACACACUAUAGACCUCAUAGUUACCGAAGCCAUAAAGAGCCAGAGAAUGGUUCAGAACCUUCUGAGUAUUGCACGAAAGAUCUGUGAACGUGUGCACCGCUCGGCAAAUGCCAAGGAGAAACUGGCUGAGCUCCAGAGGGUCCACCAGCUUCCAGAGAACCAACUGAUUCAGGAUGUUCCUUCUAAAUGGAGGACCUCUUUUUUCAUGCUGGAGCGGCUGGUGGAGCAGAAGAAAGCCAUCGAUGAAUUGUCAAUAGAGUGCAAUUUCAGGGAAAUGAUCAGCUGCGAUCAGUGGGAGGUUAUGCUGUCGGUCUGCAAUGCACUGAAACCUUUCGAAGUCGCCUACAGGGAGAUGAGCAACCGCACUGCCACUCUGGGACAAGUGAUACCACUCAUUCACAUCCUGAACAGAAAGAUAGACCUGCUGUUUGAUGAAACUGUGGGCAUUGACAACAUGCUCAAGUCUUUAAAGGAAGCCAUGGUGAGCAGAAUGUCUGCCACUCUGUAUGACCCACGAUACACCUGGGCCACCAUGCUGGACCCACGAUACAAGACUUCAUUGUUCACAGAGGAGGAAGCUGAGCAGUGGAAGCAGGAUCUAAUCCGGGAGCUGGACUCAUCAUCUUCUACCUCAGUGGCAGUUAAGCCUCCACUGCCCAAUGGCUGCAACGAGGCCCCAGUUUCAUCCAACACCCCCAACUCAAACAAGGACAACCUUUGGUCCCUUAUGGCUGAUAUCCGACAAAAGAUAAAACACGAGGAAAAGCCAAAGUCCUCAGAGCUGGUAGUGCUGGAAUACCUUGAGGAAGACAUACUUGAUCAAAGCUGUGACCCCCUCGACUACUGGAACCUUAAAAAGUUCCUGUGGCCUGAUCUUGCCAAAGUAGCCGCCCGCUAUGUGGGCUGCCCGCCCAGCAUUGUCCCAGCAGAGACGCUGUUCAGCACAGCUAGUGUCAACUAUGCCCUAAAUCAGCCCAGGCCUUUAUUGGAGAACAUGGAGGGUUUGCUCUUCCUUAAGGUUAACCUCCCUUUGAUUUAUUUUCAGUACUGAUUUAUUGUUAAGCAAAACUUCAAAAACCCUUUAUCAAGGACCAAGUUGCGUAGCUGUGAAAUGGGGUUGUUGAGCAAAAUGUAAAAUAUGGAUUUAUACACUGAUUAUUAUCGAGGCCAGAUUUGAGGUUUUAUGUGAUGUGUACUACUGUUAAACACUUUGGAGCUGUUUGGAGGGGUCUCAGUCAAAAGUGUAUCAGGGAGGGAGGGAGGUUUUUUUCCUAGCUGUAGGGGUUGGUGAUUAUGUGUUUGCUUGUAAAUUUGAUGUUUUCGUUUUUCUUUGUGUCGACUCUCUCCUCGUGCCUUAUCCAAAACUACUUCAGGUCAAAAUACUGUAAAUAUUUUGUUAAAUUGCGCAAAUCACUUCAGGAUUCUUUUUUUUUUGAUAAUUAUGUAUUAAAGAUAGAUGCAGAGUUGUUUUCUGAAUGGAAACAUGGCCCAAAAAUAAAUGCUGUGACUGAAAGAUGUUUUAAGUUAAUGUUAUUUAAUUUUCAUUGUGAAUUUGUGGCUCAUGGUACUGUCAUUUAGAAAUAGAACUUUUCUUUUUUACUUGCUGAAUUGUUUUUAAUAAGAUGUAUGAUAUUGCUGUAUUUUCAGAAUAAGCAGUUUGUUUGGAAUAUACAAUUUGUCUCUUAAGCACAAUUUAAGUUUAUGUCCAGGGGAUUAAAUUAUGGGUUUAUUAUUGAGAAAAACAAUGUACUGUACAUUUUUAUAUGAAAUGACUUCGGAACCUAAUUUGAUAAAUGUUUUAGCAUUGAGACUGGAACCAUGCAAAUUUUUGUGGUCAUUUGUAAAUAAAGGUUUUCCUUAUGCAAUA